CCUCCCUGUUGGGAUUAUCGUGUGUGAACUAUAUAUAAUUCGUGCAAGCUAGCUUUCUCGCGGUUGUCUUUUCUAGCUUUCUUGUAAUCUUAUCUUUUACUUGUUUCCCUGGCGUUUAACGCUUGCUAAAUCAGAUGAGCUAGCAUUCAACCCAGUGCUAAGAGAGAUCCAGUUUUCAAUCUAGGAAAGGUUUAAGAACUCUCACAAGGCGAAGGUAUCUUCUUCAUGGCUCUAAAGUUUCUGGCAUGAAAUUUCUCUUUCUGAUCAACCAUGAAUAACAAGAACCAUAAGUCAAGAACUAGGAGAUUCCGGCAGUGGUUCAAGAGGAAGCGCAAGAGAGCUGACCGGUUUUAUCUGGGAGAAGUCACAGAAGACAGUAAUUGGUGGCACACAGAUUGGGAUGAAGAUGAAGGCGAAGAAUUCCUGGACGAUAGUUUUGUCAUCAGGCCAGAGAAUAACGAUACAUGCGAAUUAAGAGUUUUCGUGGGUACAUGGAAUGUCGCAGGAAGAUCGCCAGUGGGGAGUUUAGCUGUAGAUGUCGAUGAAUGGCUCAAUCUAAAGGAAGCUGCGGAUAUUUAUGUUCUUGGAUUUCAAGAGAUUGUUCCCCUGAAAGCAAGAAAUGUAAUUGGAGCUGAAGACGAAACAGAAGCAACAAACUGGAACAUUCUGAUCGGGAAAACGCUGAACAACAAAUAUGGCUGCCCUUGGUUAACAUCUAUUUCGGAUCCCACCUCAAGCGAGAAUUAUCAAUAUGCAGGAGUCUCUAACUCAGAAAGACCUGCCAUUUUUGAUAGUCAAACUGCAAGUUUGUGCUGUAGGUACAAGCUUGUGGCAAGCAAGAAGAUGGUCGGAGUGUUCAUAACAGUGUGGGUGAAGACAGAACUGCUCAGGAGGUAUUGCAUAUCAAGUGUAAGAGUUGCUUCAGUGGCCUGCGGUAUCAUGGGCUGUUUGGGAAACAAAGGAUCGGUUUCAGUAAGCAUGACCAUUGAAGGAACAAGCUUUUGCUUCAUUGCUGCCCACUUGGCUUCUGGCGAGAAGAAAGGAGAUGAAGGGAGAAGAAAUCACCAGGUUGCAGAGAUUUUUAGGCGAACUUCUUUCCCUCAACUCCCUCAAGAUGGCAGUAAUCCUCAUCCUCUCACCAUCUUAAGACAUGAUCAGGUAUUCUGGUUUGGGGAUCUCAACUAUAGGCUAUACCUAGAAGACAACUUAGCCAGGGAACUAAUACAGAGGAAAGACUGGAGAGCCCUUCAAGAGUUCGAUCAGCUUCAAUGGGAACUCAAGAAUGGAGUAUUCCAAGGUUGGAGAGAGGGAAACAUUGAGUUUGCUCCCACCUACAAGUAUUCUUCAUCAAAUUGUAACCGGUACUCUGGUGGUGUUCCUAGCAGAGCAGGAGAAAAGCAACGGACUCCAGCAUGGUGUGACAGGAUUUUGUGGUAUGGUAAAGGAGUGAGGCAGCUCUCCUAUUUUCGCAGUGAGAGUAAGUUCUCCGAUCAUCGGCCAGUCUCUGGUCUCUUCUCAACACGAAUUGAAGUUCUCAAGUCCAGGAAUCCAGGGACAGGACCGGGCAAUUAACAGUUCAGGAUACCCUUACUGCGUUAUCACUAUAAUGGCAGGGGCAGGACAAGGCUAAAGAAGAGGCUACAUCUACAUUCCUCUCAUUGCGUUUAAGCAUCACCAAGCCAGAUGCAAUAGCUGUAGAUCAAUCAAUUAGGAGAUAGAUGUGCGAGUGACAUUAAACUAAUGACAAGAAGAAAGACCGGGAAUGUGGAGCGAUUUUGCAAUGUUAUUCCAUUCAUCUUUAUGUCUAGCUCUCCAUGACUUAACAUUUGAGUUUGAUUUGCAGUUGGAGUACAGUUAACUGUAAAGCUAUUGUAACCGUCAUUUGUUUAUUGAAGAAUAACAAGAGCUUAAGCAUCAGAA